CACGGGAACAUGCAGCAGCACAGUGACAACAGCGCAAUGGAUGAGCUGGUCCGCCCUGCCUUCUCCGGCAGCUCUCCCUCCCCGGACACCUUCUUCUCCACCACCGGCCAGCACCAGGAGCUCGAGUUCAUGCCCUGCGAUUUCCCGGAGGUAUGGCUGGAGGACGACGACUGGAUCGAUGGCCCCCCGGACGGCAUCUCGUGCGGCGACGAGGGCUCUCGCUCGCCGGGCAACGACCUGCUGUCCGGCGAACCGCCGGCACCUGCGCCGAAGAGGCGGCGCGGCCGGAAGCCCGGGCCCCGGUCCAACGGCCCCGCCCUUACCCACGUGGAGGCGGAGCGGCAGCUGCGGGACAAGCUCAACCGCCGCUUCUGCGAGCUCCGGGCCGCCGUGCCCACCGUGUCCCGGAUGGACAAGGCGUCCCUCCUCGCCGACGCCGCAACCUACAUCGCCGAGCUGCGCGGCCGUGUUAAGCAGCUCGAGUCCGAGAACAGGCUUGCCGCCGCGGCGGCCGCUGCCGCCCCAGUGGCGGACACCUACUCGGUCGGCGUCCAGGAGAAUCUGGAGGUGCGGAUGGUCGGGACGGAGGCGGCGGCGCUGCGCCUGACGACCGCGGUGCGCCACGCACCCGCGCGCUUCAUGCUCGCACUCCAAUGGCUAGAUCUGCCGGUGCAGCACGCGUGCGUGUGCCUCGUCGGCGGCAUGACCGUGCAGGACGCCGUCGUGGACGUGCCCGCCGCCGCGCUACGGGACGAGCGCGCCCUCCGCGCAGCAUUGUUGCACCGGCUGCAGCAGACCGGCUAGCAUCUUGGAUUCUUGAUUGGGUCGGCAGGUUUGCGGCUCAUCUGAUCUACUCAGAUCCGCCGCCAAAUCAAGCACUCCUACUCGCUUAGCUGCUCGUGUUUCAAUUCGCACUCCUACUCGUGUUUCAAUUCGUGGCCGGCUUGAUAUAAUCUGGCACCAAAUCAAGCUAGCUUACGGCUGCAUGCCAUUGUCAUCUCGUGCAUCUUUCUUCUCGAUCUAUCUAUUGCGAUGUUUCUGUCCGUGUUUGCAUUUGCACAUUGCACAUGCAAAUCGACUCAAAAAUAAUGGCUAGGACUUAUUAUAUUAGGGCUUGUUCAAGGAGAGGGGUUAAUGUUAGAUUGUGUGCUAUUGGAUUGGUGCGGAAAUUAGAUCCUUUACCUGACAAGUCCAAAGGUAUUGGAUUCAAACCCUACGCAUACAUAAUUAAACCCAAGGGUUUGUUUGGAUUGGACAUAUUUCUUGGGAAGUUCUCUGGAUUUUGUUUCAUCUAAUAAUAUAAACUAAAUCGAAGAUAGCUUCCAGAG